AUGUGGAACUUUAUUAACUACAACAAUGACCAGGGAAACGACAAUGCAGCGAACAACAAUUUUACCCUUUGGAACAUAUUAGGAUAUGCGGUAAGAAGAAAAGAGAAAAAAGAAAAAAAAAAGGAUAAACAGAACGAAGAGGAAGAAAAUAAUGAAGAUAAUAAUAAUGCAAAAAGUGAGAAGCAUUCAGAUAAAGAACUCGUUGACGAAACAGUAGCUGAACUGGUAAAAGAACCCGUCGACGAAACUGCUUGGGAUACUGUGAAUGAUAGUGCUGAUGAUUCAGAAAAGGAAAAGGAAAAAAAAAAGGAAAAGGAAAAGGAAAAGGAAAAAAAAAAGGAAAAGGAAAGAAAAAAAGAAAUACACCUAAGUGCAGAAAAUAGAAAUAUAUCACCAUUUCUAAGUGACCUGAGCUCAUAUGCGGACUACUACCCAAGUGAUGAGGGUACAAAUAAAUACAAUUUAAACAUAAACAGUGAAAGUCUUCCUUCGAAUGAGAAAAGAGAAGUAGCUUUUUCCCAAGGGGUAGAAGUGGGAAUUGAGGAGAGAGAGGUAGAACCGGAAGGAGUAAUAGUAGAGGAUAACGUGGGAGUAGAAAAAGAUGUGCUAGAGAUAGACGAAUUUGGAGACAAGAACAAAGCGGGAGAAUCGCUGGAACAGCCACAGACGCGGGAAAAAGAGAAUUCUGUUUUUCCCUUGGCAAAUGAGUGGUUCUUCGAUAAAAUAAAGGAAAUGCUUGAACCGACAAUGAACCAAGAAAGUAUAGGGGAACUAAUAACAAACAAGUAUAACAGCUUCAAUGAAGCGAAUUCAGGAAUAUUUGACUUGAUAGAAAACUUAUUAGUACGUACAAGUACCCAGGAUAAAAUGGAUAUAAAUAAAAAACAAAAAAAUAAUUAUAUUUAUCAUCAUUACAAUUCAAUGGACUGCUCAAAUAAUGAUGAUUAUAAUUUUAUUAAUUAUUCUAUUUAUUGUAUUAAUAAAGAAUUAGCUACGAAUGUAGAACUAGAAGCAACUAAAAUGAUGAAGAUUUAUAAUCAUGCUUUUAAUAAUUUUAAAAAAGAUAUAAAUUUCAAGGAUGAUGUUUAUAAAGAUCUGGUAAACGACUGCGAAGAAUUCUCCACCUUAAUAAUAGUAGACGAAAAAGAUGAAAAAAAAAAAAAAAAAAAAAGAAUACCAAAACUUGACUUCAUACUUCUAAUAAAUAUUACUAGUGAAAAUUAUAAUAAUAUAAUCGAAUCGCACAGUGUGCAAACACCAAAAUUAAAUCUAGAAGAUAUUUUUAAAAUUAACGUAAAUUGA